UUAUAUGUAUAUGUAAAUAAAUAGACAUACUAUGUAUAAUGCAUUAUUAUAUUAUCUUCUUUUUUGUUUUUAUCUUUUUUUUUUCUUUUUUGUUUGUUUGAGAUUUUUAUUGAUAUCUUGGCACAUAGUGUUUUCUAAUGUUGAUCGAAAAAGUGGUCUUUAGAGACCUGAAAACACAUUGAUAUCUACACUCACUCAAAUCAAUUACAAUAACUAUAAUUCACCAGCCAUAUUUUCGCCCUCUCCCACAGUUGUUAUCUCCAACAACAACUGUGGACGUCAGGCAUGAAGGUUGCAUCAGAUCCUUGUCCUGACUCCGCCCACUUCGGAGACUUAUGGAUGCCACAAAAGGGUCAAACGGACGACAUUUCAACCAACAAGAAUAACAUCUACCCAGAAUGCAGAGUAAACAACCAACAGUGUGAUCCUAAAGGCAGCACAUUUAUCGGAGAAUACCUCUUCGAGUUAUGGAAAAACCAGUGUUUGUGUGACGUGAAAUUAAAGGUAGGCAGUCAGUGCUUCCUGGCUCACAAGCUGGUCCUGGCGGCAUUCAGCGACGUGUUCUGCCCCUCACAACCACAGAUCCCGCCCACUGUGUGUAUAGAUGUCCCCAGUACCACGCCGGAGGCUCUCUAUCAGAUUCUCAUGUACCUGUAUACGUCUGAGAUGCACCUAACGGACACGACCCUUGAGCCCGUGCUCUCAGCCGCAUGCUUCAUGGGCAUCACAGACGUCGUGGACAUGGUCAAGUCUAUCCUGGACAGACCCACCAAGGAGAACCUCAAACUCUACAUGGAUAUACGGAAGCGGCAGGGGAUGUCCGCGUCUCUCACAGACUUCCCGAAUCUGUUGCGGGAGAAAUUCGUGGAGCUCAUUCAAGAACCUUUGUUUCUCGCCUCCUCGUUGGAAGAGUUGGUGUCAGUGUUACAAGACCCGGAGCUGAUGGUCACUUCCGAGAUGGACGCCGUCCGCGCGGUCAUCGGGUGGCUGGAGUAUAACCCCUUGAGCCGCAUGCAGCACGUGGGCCGCCUGUUUGAGCUGAUUAACCUGGAGUGCGUGAGCACAGAGGAGCUCAUCAGACUCAAGGAAGAGAAACGCCAUCUGUUUGAGGACUCCAGGGCUGUAGAUGUUGUCAUGAAUGCGUUCAUAAAACGUGUUCAAUGUAGCGCAGCCCAGAUGCCACCAGACAGUAGCCGGCCGAGUAAAAGUAAAGACACCAAAGCUAACGACCAGAGAACAUACUCCUUAUGUGACGUCGAAAACCCAAAAAAGAAAAAUAUUCUGAUCAGCUCAGAAAGCAGCGACAGCGAAGAUCUGUCAGUCGAGCAGCCGGACGAAGUAGGCGUCUUCGUCAAAGAGGUUCCCACUCUGAAAUCACGCCCUCGCUUACCCGAGAAAAGGAGCGCCAAAAGAGCUCAAGCUCAAGAGCCAGGUCGACCCAGCCCUUGCAGCUCCAGAAAAAGCUCCGGCAGCGGCAGGUAUAAUGUGGAAGGAGACACUAGCUCGGAGGGAGAAAGGGAGUCGCCGAACCGCAGGAGAAUGCAUGGGAGCAGACUAUCAAGUGAGAGGAAGGGAAGAGACAGAGAUCGUUUGGAGCGGAGAGAGCGUCACGGGGAUUGUGGAUGUACGUCGCCUGAGCCGAAGAAGAAGAGCUCCAGUUCUAGCACACUGAGGUCUGAGGAGAGCGGUACAUCAGAUGACGUCGGAGACUCAAAAGGUCACAGGUGCCCCUCGCCCAAAAGACCGUUUCCCAACUGGUGCCAUACGUCGAACGAGCACGAGUGCCGCUACCCCUCACUACCCCGGAGGCUCCCGCACAGAAGAAGCCACGAAUGCGAUCAACCCGCGACGGCCCCACACCGUAAAUACGUCGACUCGCACCUCAGUCGAGUGCGUUCUCCUCUUCUCACACGUGUCUGCAGCUCCGACAUCUACCCGUGCUGUGCGCCCAGAAGCCCUACAAAGGAUCGAACUUCGUGCCCGUGCCCUUGCGCGUGUGGCGAGCGCACUGUCCAAUACGUCAGUGAAGGCGACAGACGAGAGAGCUACCAUGGGUCCCCGCCUAGAGGCCGGUGCUUUCACAGCCCGGGUGUUGAGAACGCCCUGUCCAGUUCUGGAGUGGACAUUUCGAGAAAGUCCGGUAACAGAGCCUGUUGUUCCGUUAACCGACACCGAACGUGUAGUUCAGCGAGGCGAGGAAAGUCGUACAUUGUAUGUAAAUGCAAGUAUUGUGAAGGGCGAAGCGAAUAGAGGCUCGAGUGACGUAGGUGAGGCUUAUUAAGCAUCAUGUAAUUAUUUAUUAGACCAUCUGUCGGUUAAAUUAAAAUUAUGCUAGGUCCUUUCGUAGAUGGUUGUUUAGCUUGGAGGCCCCACCUCUUAAAUAGUGUUGAUUGGGGCGAUAAACCUAAAUCAUUUCAGCAUUUUCCCCUCAAACGUACACAAACGAAACAGCAUAAGUAAUCAUGGUGGGAAAAGUUCUCCAAAUAGACACACUUUAUAAAGGAGUUCAGAAGUUUUCGAGAGGAGGAUGUUUGCAGCAUAUUUUAAAGUGUUUUAUGAAAGUGGUAGCAAAUGAAGAUUUAAUAAAAACGUUUAUCGUCACCAUUUUUCUCCACCUUGUCAUCAUCAUCAUCUUUACCAUUAUCAUAGUCUGCGGUAGAAGCAGAAGCAACAGUAGUAGCAGCAGCCAAGACCGACAACUAACAGGACGAGACAAUCUGUCUUUACGUCAUGUGCCAAAAGAAGGCCCCCACGCGUUUGAAUGGGCGCGUAUAGCCUAACUCGCUGAGCUAAACAAGCGGUAGUUUACGUUUGUUACAGUACAGGGCUACUGAUCAUCUCGGACGGUAUAAACCUAGGCUAGUGUUAUGUAUUGUAUUUAUUUUAGCGCUGAGAGAGAGAGAGAGAGAGAGAGAGAGAGAGAGAGAGAGAGA